UAUCUCCACCUCAGAUGAAACACAAGCAAGCAAGCAACCCUUCAGCUUCCCCUCCCACUUUCUCUGCCCUCUCUCAUAUCUCUAAAGCCAGAGUCAGCAAACAAACAAUAAAACCUCUCUUUUGGCCUUGCCUUACUGUCCACCCUCUUUGCUGUCCAUUUCAAUGGCGACCGUUACCUUUUCCACCCGCUCCUACUUUCUCCAAUCGCCUUCCCAUUUCCACGCUCACCACCAUAGACAGCAGAGCUUCUCCAUCACUUCCUGCCGUGUCAGCACCGCCAGCAUUAGCACCCUCUUCACUCACUACUCUCAUUCAUUGAAGGCUGUCUCCCCAAGUACCCGCAAUAAACUCAACCCCUCCACCAUAGUUUUCUCCUCAGGAAACGGCGGGAUUGGCGGAACUGGCGGCCGUGGAACUGGAGGUGGCGGAGGAGGACAUGACGGUCAUGACGAUCAGGAGAGGUCACGCAAUAGAUCCGAAGCAAUCCUGGCUCUCGCAGAUGCAGGGAGGACGUUUGAGAGUUUGCCCAAGGACGUAGCGGCGGCAAUCGAGGCAGGGAGGUUACCGGGAUCCAUUGUUCAUAGGUACUUUGAGUUGGAGAAGUCGCCUGUAUUCAGCUGGUUGCUUAAUUUCGGAGGGUUUAAGGAACGGUUGCUUGCUGAUGAUUUGUUUUUGACUAAGGUUGGCAUCGAGUGCGGCGUUGGGAUUUUCACCAAGAGCGCAGCAGAGUUGGAAAAGCGCAGAGAAAAGUUCAGGAAAGAACUGGAUUUUGUUUUUGCUGAUGUGGUGAUGGCACUAGUUGCAGAUUUCAUGCUAGUGUGGCUUCCGGCUCCGACGGUUUCGCUCCGACCACCUAUAGCACUCAGUGCCGGACCUAUUUCUAAGUUCUUUUACAACUGUCCCGACAAUGCUUUCCAGGUGGCUUUGGCAGGCACAUCUUACUCAUUUUUACAGAGAUUUGGUGCAAUACUGCGUAAUGGAGCCAAACUCUUUGGUGUUGGAAGCGGUGCAUCCCUGGUUGGUGUAGGAGUCACAAAUACAUUGAUCAAUGCACGAAAGGUUUUUGAUAAAUCUUUUGCUGAAAAAGCAGAAGACGUGCCCAUAUUUUCAACAAGUGUCCAGUAUGGUGUAUACAUGUCAAUAUCUAGCAACCUAAGGUACCAAAUAAUUGCUGGAGUUAUUGAACAACGCAUACUGGAGCCCUUACUGCACCAUCACAAGUUCAUUUUGAGUGCAAUCUGCUUUGCUGUUCGAACCGGGAACACUUUCUUGGGAUCUUUGAUGUGGGUAGAUUAUGCACGCUGGGUUGGAGUUCAGAGGUCGAGAGAGUGAGUGAUGAAGAGGUGCAGUAACUUUAUUUGUGUCAUUCAUUGUUUUGAGCAAGUUAAAUUUUGUUUUGCUUGGAAUUUAAUGAGGACAAGAGUUUUGUCAUUGGAGGGUUUCUGGUUUUCAUUUCCAAUGAUCCAUUCAAUGGCCUUUCCAUUUCCUA